AUGGCGGUGAAAGCAACAAAGGCGGAGAAGAAGAUCGUUUACGACUCGAAGCUUUGCCAGCUUCUCAACGAGUACCCUCAGAUCCUGAUCGUUGCAGCUGAUAAUGUCGGAUCCACUCAGCUCCAGAACAUAAGGAAAGGUCUACGCGGCGAUUCCGUCGUUCUUAUGGGGAAGAACACUAUGAUGAAGAGAUCUGUGAAGCUCCAUGCCGAGAAGACCGGCAAUAAGAACUUCCUCAGCCUCAUUCCCCUUCUCCAGGGCAAUGUUGGGUUGAUCUUCACCAAGGGUGAUUUGAAAGAAGUCAGUGAAGAGGUCGCCAAGUACAAGGUUGGAGCUCCAGCUCGUGUUGGUUUAGUGGCACCAAUCGAUGUGGUUGUGCAGCCAGGAAACACUGGUCUUGACCCAUCACAGACCUCUUUCUUCCAAGUGCUCAACAUCCCAACCAAGAUCAACAAAGGUACGGUUGAGAUCAUAACCCCAGUGGAGCUGAUCAAGAAGGGAGACAAAGUCGGUUCGUCAGAGGCUGCACUCCUAGCCAAGCUUGGGAUCAGGCCGUUCUCUUAUGGUCUGGUCGUUGAGUCAGUCUAUGACAACGGCUCAGUGUUUAGCCCUGAGGUGCUUAACCUCACUGAAGACCAGCUCGUUGAAAAGUUUGCCGAUGGUGUCUCGUUGGUGACCUCGCUCUCUCUUGGCAUCUCUUACCCAGUCUUGGCGGCUGCGCCUCACAUGUUUAUGAAUGCUUACAAGAAUGUUCUUGCCAUUGCCUUGGCUACUGAGUAUUCUUUCCCUCAGGCUGAGAGUGUGAAGGAGUUCCUAAAGGAUCCAAGCAGGUUUGCUGUUGCAGCGGCUGCACCAGUUGCAGAAGAAUCUGUCGGCAAUGCUGCGGCGGUGGUUGUGGAGGAAGAAGCUGCGGAAGAGUCUGACGAAGACAUGGGUUUCGAUCUCUUCGGCUAG